AUGUUUACCCACAUCUCCACCUACGACAUUGUCAUCAUCGGUGCCGGCUUCUCGGGCAUCAACCUCCUCUACCACCUCCGUAAGCUGGGCUACAGCUGUCGAAUCUACGAGUCAGGCACCGAUCUCGGUGGGACAUGGCACUGGAACACCUACCCUGGCUGUCGUACGUGGUCAUUCCGCGAGAAGUAUCCAUCGGCGGACGAAUCGAGGGCCUACUUUGCACAUGUAGAGAAGGUUCUCGAUAUUAAGAAAGACGUUGACUUCGAGACAUCCGUGACUGGGGCUUGGUACGAUGUCAACGCGGGGGGGAAGAGGAAGUGGAGGGUGGAAACCAGCACUGGAAAACCCACACACUGUCGGUUUUUGAUCUCCUGUGUCGGCACCGGGGCAGAGAGGUAUCUUCCAGACUUUUCGGGACUAGAGACGUUCACCGGGGAUGUGUGUCACUCGGCUUGCUGGCCGAAAGACGGGAUUCAAGUCGCAGGGAAGAAGGUGGCAGUGAUAGGCACAGGCGCAUCUGGCGUGCAGAUUGUGCAGUCCUGGGCAAAAGAAGCGGAGUCACUGGUGGUCUUUCAACGAACACCAAACCUGGCACUGCCCAUGCAACAAGAGACACUUUCACCUGAGACGCAAAAAGCGCUCAAGGAGGAUGCACCACGCAUAUUCGCCCAGAGAGAGAAGACUCUCAGCGGCCUCUUGGAACAGCCUGACCCUCGUGCUACAUUUGAUGUCACGUUCGAGGAACGAGAGGCAUUUUAUCAAGCACUUUACACAAUAGGCGGCUUUUCCUUUCUGCUCAGUAGUUUUAGUGACCUGAUGGUUGACGAAAAGGCGAAUCGUGCGGCGUACGAUUUCUGGGCCAAAAGGACACGGGCGAGAAUUACUGAUCCUCGUAAGAGAGAUCUUCUGGCACCUCUGGAGCCACCGCAUCCAAUCGGAUCGAAGCGCUCGUGCUACGAGCAGGACUAUUUCGAAAUGCUUGACAGACCCAAUGUUGAAUUAGUGAACCUCCGCGAGCCUGGCCGGGCUAUUGCAGCAAUCAAACCCGAUGGGAUUGAAACCGCAGACGGCACAUUUUACCGUGUCGACGUGAUUGCCUUGGCAACAGGCUUCAACAGCGUUACUGGCAGCCUCACCCGUAUCUCCGGGCUCCGCAACACCUCCGGGACCACAUUGGCGGACGAGUGGAAGAUAGACGGGGCGAGCUCAUACCUCGGCAUGACGCGCAAGGGGUAUCCAAACAUGUUUCUCUGCUAUGCAGUCCACGGUCCGACUUUCCUGAGCAAUGGCCCAGCCUCAAUUGAGAUACAGUCGCGUUGGAUUGUCGAUGCUAUUCGAAAGAUGGAUGAAACUGGUUUAAUCUCGGUGGAACCGACGGAGGAGGCGGAGAAGAACUGGAAGACCACAGUUAAUACAUUCACCGAUAUGACGCUGUUGGGCAAGGCUGACUCUUGGUGGGUUGGAGCGAACAUCCCGGGGAAGAAGAGGGAAAUGUUGGCCUUUCCGGGUGGGCUACCAUUGUACGAGGAUAUAUGUCGCCAGGCUCUGCAGAAUUGGGAUGGAUUUGUGACUUUGUGA